UGAUUCUCUGAUUCUUCAAUCAAUUGAAGAAGCAAAGCCAAACCCCAUAUCUCUAUCUCCUCCUCGUGAAAACCCGAAGCCCAAAACCCUCACUUUCCCCGUGAAAACCCGAAACCUAGACCCGUCGAAUUCUUUCUCUCGCCUGCGCUCCUCCCUCACCGGCGUUCCCAAAGCUCGCCGGAGCUGCGUGUCUGCCUCCUGUUCUUACUGCUCGCCGGAGUCCUUCCCCUUUUACGUUUGUGCUGUCUUCUCUCUCCUCGUUGCGCGUUUGUGUUCGUCGCUAGUGCUGCUACAGUUUCUGUUGCUGUUCGCCGGUCGUCGUGCAGGUGUUGGUUGUGGUCUUGGUGCCUUCGCCGGUCAGUUUUAUCCCUCCCCUGUUCUUGCUCGCGCUACUGCUGGUGUCGUUGUUGUUCGGUUGCUGCCGCCUUUUCCUCUCCCGUGCGUGUGCUGCUGCUGUUGUUCUUCUGCCGCGGUCGUCUUGCGCUGCUGUCGUCGCCGCCUCGGUGUUGGUGGUACACCGAGUACCGAAGCCCAAAAUGGAGGAAGAAGCGUUGAUUGAUAACAACUUCCCAUUAUUUUCAAAGAGAAAAAAAAAUUCUCCCAGACAGCCUCAAAUCCCUCAACAAUCACAAACUGAAAUCGCAAUACAUAAUCCCCAAAUAUCUGAUGAGCAUCAACAAAUAGAGAAGCUUACACCCUGUAACGAUGAAGCAUCUUGCACAUUCACUGAUUUAGGGCUCCCGGAAUGGGCCACGAAAACCUGCUUUGAGCUUGGAAUGAAAAUUCCAACGAAAGUGCAACAACAUUGCAUACCCAAAAUACUUGGUGGCAAUGAUGUGCUGGGUUUAGCGCAUACAGGAAGUGGGAAGACUGCUGCAUAUGUCCUCCCAAUUCUUCAGCGAUUAGCGGAAAACCCAUACGGGGUAUUUGCCCUGGUCAUUAUACCCACUCGGGAAUUGGCAUAUCAGUUGGCUGACCAGUUUCGUGCCCUCGGCUCGUCGUUGCAUGUCCGGUGUACUGUUGUUGUUGGGGGAAUGAAUAUGAUCACACAGGCAAAAACGUUAAUGCAGAGGCCUCAUGUUGUUAUUUCUACUCCUGGAAGAAUUAAGGUGCUGCUUCAAGAUAACCCAGACAUACCUUCAGUCUUUUCCAGAACUAAGUUUCUUGUGUUAGACGAAGCAGACAGAGUUCUUGAUGUUGGGUUUGAGGAGGAGCUGAGAGUUAUAUUCAAGUGCUUGCCUAAGAAACGGCAAACUUUAUUAUUUUCUGCAACGAUGACCAAAGACCUAACAACACUGCAUGAGCUUUCUGCUAAAAAGGCCUUCUUCUAUGAGGCAUAUGCAGGCCUUGAGACCGUUGAAUCUCUUAGACAACAGUAUCUUCUUCUGGCUGAAAAUGUUAAGGAUGUUUAUCUUCUACAUAUUUUAUCAAAGAUUGAAGACAUGGGUGUACGUUCAGCCAUUAUAUUCGUCUCUGAAAUCAGGACAUGUCAUUUAUUGGCUUUGUUACUUGAAGAGGUUGAUCAGGAAGUUGUAGAACUGCACUCAAUGCUACCGCAGUCUUCAAGACUUGCUUCUGUACACCGUUUCAAAUCCGGGCAGGUUCCUAUAUUGCUUACUACAGGAGUUGGUGAACGUGGGCUAGAUAUCCCAACAGUGGAUCUAGUUGUAAAUUAUGAUCUACCAAGAUGUGCUGCUGACUAUGUUCAUCGUGUGGGACGUACUGCAAGAGCUGGUAGAGGGGGGCUUGUCGUGAGCUUUGUCACAGGGAAUGAAGUGGACCUUAUACAUGAAAUUGAAGCAGAACUUGGAAAGAAAAUGGAAGAGUUUGAAUGCAAAGAAAAAGAGGCUCUUGCUGACCUCAGUAAGAGUAUCCAGUGGAUUCGGCUUUUUUUCCCUUAUCUAGUUUCUCAACAACUCAGAACUUUCUUUGCAUGAGUUGAUUUUUAUAAGCAUUAUGAGACCCUAUCUCAGACAUGGCACACAAACAAUGGUGACAAUGAUAAGGGCGGAACCUAUCCUGAGCUAAGUCUGAAUAAACGCAGUACACAGAUUUUGUAGCUAUAAUAUUUUGUUGAUUUUGCUGUCCUUAGCAGGUCUUCUAAAUCUGCGUGCUGUGUCCAUGUUGGUUUCUUUGCGAGAUCUUAUUGCCUGAAGUUUAUGUUUGGAAGUCCUUGAACUGUAUUUCCUUGUCCAGAAAACACGUCCUGUUAACCUUAGGCAUACAUAUUAAGAGUUGAAUGGUAGAAUAUUUAGAUUCUUUGUUUGCUCGUGUGUGUGUUUAGAUAGUAGUAAGAAUAAAAAAAAUUGAUGGAAAGAUAUAGAUAAGUUGAAGGCCCCACAUCACAUUGAAUACGCAGGGAGAUAGUGCGAGUGUUUGUGUGACGGCCCUAUAUACUGGCUGGGAGGGUGAAAUCUAAACUGACGGAAUGUUCUUUUGUAGAUUGAUCAAAAUAGUAUAUUAUUUUGUUCUCACAUGAUUCUGUAUC